AGGCGGAAGAGUCGUGGCACUGACACAUAAGGCUGAGAAACACUAAAACACACACAGAGACUCAUGCUAAGAGAGUUGAAUCAUUCUGAAACUCAGUAAUAUUACAGAGCAUUUUUUAAAGAUCCGGAUGGAGUGAAGAGGAUAAACUCACUAAACGAUGGAGGAGGUGGGUGUCAGCGCCCCUGCGGUGCUGCUCGGGGCACCCCAGCGCACGUUCUGUCAGAGCUCGACGUCGGAGCGUCGCAUGCGCAAGUCUGGCUCGGCGAACAUCUUCCAGGGCGUGAAGCUCCGCCAGCUUAGACGCCUCUUCCACUCGGCAGGGGAACCGGACGCCGAGCGGAAAGCCAGACAGGUGUGGAGGAGCCGGAGACGGGCCGAUGGGGACGGGGAGGAGGAUGAGGACGAGGGUUCCGAGGUGGAGGAGGAAGAAGACGAAGGGUUGGCGCAGGCGCUGGUCGGGCUCCGGGUGAGGGCGAGGAAUAGAAACGGGAUCCGGGCUGAGGCGAGCAGAGGGGCCCGAGCGUCAGAGAGUCGGCAGAGAACGAACGAUCGGACGCCAUCAUCUGAGGUCACCGCCGAUGGCGAUGAGGUCACGGCUUGGGGAGCGUGCGUGGGACAGGCCAAGAAGUCAUGUGACCUAGGAGACGAGAAAGACGUCCAGGUGACCUGGAGCCGGGACGAGAAAGAUCCGGAACGCUACCUGCACCGGAUACGACACUGAUGGCGCAGAGACGCGAAAAAACUACAUAAUGACUAAAUAUAAAUAACACUAAAGGGAACCUGAGAGCUAAACGCGCACGCACGCGCACACACACGACACUACAGAGCUUUUCGGAGUGUGUUUAACGCGACACUACUCGUCUUGUAAUGCUGCUGCAACAAAUAAAAAAAAAAAUAAUAAUUUACUACAAACCUAAAAACAUUAGAGGCAUGUGCUGUUUAUUAUGCACAGUUUAACACGACAUCAUACACUACUUGCGUGUAUAGUUUUAAGUUAAGGAAAAGAUCAAAAUGCUGCUAAGAAUUAAAACAGAAAAAUAAUAAGAAAGUAGAAAGUCGUAGCACAAAUGAUUUAGUUCCAGCACUUACUGGGUGCGUGGACACUUAACCACCUCGAUCGCUUUUUAUUUCCAUAGUCAGAAUUUGCACAAAUACCAGUUUCUAGUACCAACACCCCCCCGCAAAAUAUCGUACUAAGGACAGAAAACCGUGUUUCAGUUCCAUAGCGUCUUGUGAUCAAAAAAAAACUAACACCCUGGAAAAUUACUGGCUCACGUCAAGCAGAGAAAUCAAUUACACAGAUUUAAAAUGACUGGAAAGGGGUAACACAUUAUUAAAACCUGGAAGGAAGGAGCUGAACUGUUAACUUUGUGGAAGAAAUGUAUGGGAUGUAUAAUAAUGAUUUAUAAAGUGUAAAUCCUGAAUGGAGAUCAUUUAAACCUCGGUAAUGUUGCAUGGUAAAAAAAAUCAACAGUUAAAAACUAAUCCGAGAUGAUUAAUGAAAUAUUAGGAGUGUAUGAAAUUACAGUAAACAGACCUCCAUGUGUAUUAAACCCUUCUCACACACAUGCUACACGCCGCUGUCAGCACAUGCCUCAGUGUGUAACACUCCUCUGUAACACUCCCCUCACGUCACUGACGCGGGCUCGGCGUGAACGUUUUUAGUGAUUUUUUUUUUUCUUUUAAACCGGAGACUUUAAUGGAAAUCCAGCCAACCUCGAAAGCAGCUUCUUUUUUUUUUUUUUUUUUUUAAAGCGUGAGCAUGAAACCAAGUGGAUGAUGUCACCGGUCUCUGUGUCGUCUGAGCUGGAUCUCCUGGCAGUACUUGAGUUUCACGUCAUACGUAGUUCUUGUGUAGCAUGUUAGCAAUAUAUAUAUUAUAUAUGUAUAUACACACACACACGCUCCGACGUGCGGGACGUUCCGAUAAGGAAUAUGCAUUGCAGAUAAAUCACUCGCUCUUCCAUGUUAUGUUCUAGAUCGUUUAUAUCAUUAAGAAUGACGUGAUAAAGGGGAAUCAGUAGAUGUGAUGAUGACAUGUGGCAUUUGAGAAAUAAUAACUAGCACGAUUGUAGUUUCUGAUUGUUACCUUUGAUAUGUAUUUAAAUAUAGUUCGGGUAAUUCUAAUAGGAAAUGUAGCUAGCCUUAAUUUUUCUGGAGGUUUUUUAAAAAACAUUUUUUUAAGGGAAAUCUUAAGGAGUUCUUUACCUGGUCUGUGGUCGUGUCCUGAGACCGAGAACUCUUUAAAGGUGCUGAAAUAAGCUGGCGUACGUUUCGCACUAAUGUGUAAUUGCAACUUUUUUUUUUUUUAUGAGUAUUUAUGGUAGCUAACAUACUCCAGGGUUUACGGUAGUUUCCACAACAUUUCAAUGUUUAAAUGUACAGUAUUUUAGACUUUAUCGUUUAGACACCAGUGCAUUAUGGGUAUUCCAGACUUUAUUAUCAGUCCAAUGUUGUCUUACAUUAUUGUUUUUUGAAAAAAAUAUUAAAAUUUUUACUAAAUUAGGAUUGUACCCAAAUCAAUUACAUAAACACUAAUGGGACAAAAGCGAAAUUACAGUAAUAAAAAACCCCAGAAAUGAAUCAUUUACAUAACACUACUGUAUGUCUUGGACUUUCCUUCAGGAUCAAUAAAGUAUCCAUUUAUCUAUGUUUGUCGUCUGUCUAUCACGAUUCUUUCACAUGGUGAUUCACAUAUCGGCACACGGACUGAAACUUUUCAUACGUUUGCACUGGAGCUGGUAACAUGUUGCCAUUUCUCUUUAAUCCUGCAGCAAUUAUCAUUUGCCAAGUUUCUUGAACAUUGCAACAAAUUUUUUUAAUUUAAUCAGGAUAUUUCUAAAAUCGUGAUAAUUACAGAAUCACAGUACAAAUCUGAUCAGGAUUGAGGUAUCGCGAUAAUAUUGUCUAGUAAUCCCUGGUGAGCCCUGUUUCUACUUCACCACUAGGGGGCAUAAUCGUCUCACAUAAAUGUAUACACUUCGAAGAAAAGGAAAAACUAAAAUGUUAGAGGGGUGCACUAACUUUUGUGAAUGGGUGCAUCUUAAAAUAGAUUCAAAACUUAAAAUUUUUUUCCAUUCAUCAUUCUAUACACAAUCCCACAGGUUUUUUUCCUCAGUUUUUAUUAAAAUAAAUAAUAGAUUUAUUAAUUCCCACCCAUGUCCCUUUAGGGGCUCCAUAGAAUACUGAAAUAAAUGGGAUAUUCCAGUCCUUUAUUAUUAUUUUUUCUUUUUAAUAAACUAACAAAAAAUGACACGCACCCUGUUUUUAAUUUGUCACUGUGUGUAGAAUUAUAAGGGAAAAAGAUUAAAAUCUAUUUUAAGAUGAGUGUGAAGCAUAAUAUGUGGAAAACUUUCCAUGUGUAGGAUUAAUAGCAAAUUAAUACGUUUUAUAUGGAUCCAUUUUAAAACCAGCGUUUUUAAUCGAUCAUCAAUGUUAAUGCGAUCUUACAUUUAUAACACUAUUAAAAGUUAAUAACCAAGUUACUUGAUGAAUGUGUUUCUCCUUUUUUUUUAUACAUAUUUGUCUUUGUUAAACACAAGAUAUUGUAUAUUUGCUGUAACUGUAAUUUUGUGUGAAUUUGUACUUUAAAAACAAACAAACAAACGAAACACUUUGUUAUAGCUUAUAUAUUCUUGCUAAAUUACAUUACAUUACAGUACAUUACAUACAGAUUUAUACACUGCAUCGCCGCGGCAUUUUAAGGUCAGUUUUGUUGACUCGUUGAUGUUAAUAAUAAUAAUAAUAAUAAUAAAAAAAAGGUCCUGCUUUUUAGGAAUAAUGGGGGCGGAGGGGGAGAUUAGGAAUAUGGGGUGUUCCAGUGUUUGUGCACAUGCUCAGUCUGGUACAUACGCAUGAUGUAAAGUAGGCAGGGGGAAAAAAAAAGAGAAAUAAAACAUAGGCAAGGCAGAAAAAUCCAACAAAAGUUUGCAAAGAUGUAAAAAAAAAAAAAAAAAAAAACAUAA